AUGAUGAGGAUAUCAGUGCCGAUCCCUUACCUCCAACAGACAGUCCAGAAGUUCAUCCCAUACUUCGUGAUCACAAUCAUCAAAAAGUACCCAUUCUUUGGUCUCCCGGGACAACGCCUAGAUCUGGGACUCCGGUGCCUAACCGGCACCACAUCACUGGUCACCCUAUAUAUGGCCUACAAAAUGAUGCCCCUCUCGGACGCCUCCACUCUGUACAUGUCGUCCCCCGUAUUCGUCACAAUAUUCGCCUAUUUUAUGCUCAAAGAGCCCAUAACUGUGGUCCACGUGAGCACCGGUACGAUCACUAUCAUCGGCGUAUUCAUCAUAUGUAGGCCCGAGUUCCUGUUUGGGUCUAACAAUAACACGACUAACUAUAAUCACCGCAUAAUCGGGAUCAUCCUAUCCAUGGUAUCCGCCAUAUCGUCGGCCUUUUCGCUCAUAAACCUCCGCAAACUCAAGACAACACCCGUUCCCGUCAUAGUCAUGUGGUACUCAAUAGCUUGCAUAGUAAUCGGCAAUAUUAUACUACCGUUCCUGAGUCCGUGGGUCAUACCCAAGGACUUCAAGACAUGGGGCUUACUGUUGGCGAUAGGGUUGGCCGGCAUACUUAACCAGCUUUUUCAGACCAUGGCGUUUAAGUAUGAGAGUCCCGGCCCCAUAUCGGUCACCCGGACCUUUAAUAUAGUACUGGCGUUCAUAUGGGAAGUGGCGAUAUUUGUGGACCCAAUA